AUGGGUGCCUUCGUACUCGGUGGUCUGAAUCCCGAGCUCUACAAACUUCAAGACGAGGAAGAGGAGUCCGAUUUCGCCGACGACCAUAUCGGCCGGAUAUGGUUCGCUGUGGAGUACGAGCUCGAAUCCGAACGCCUUGUCGUUUCUCUCAUUAAGUCCAAAAACUUACCCAGCAGGACACUAGGCAGUGCCAACCAGUGCGAUCCGCUGGUGAAAGUCUUUCUGCUUCCGGAGGAAAGACGUCACCUCCAGUCAAAGGUCAAACGGAAAACUUGCAACCCCAAGUUCGACGAAAGCUUCGUCUUCCAGGUUACGUUCAAAGCGUUGCAGCAGCGCACCCUUCGUCUCUCCGUUUAUGACGUAGAUCGCUCCAAGAAGCACAGGCUGAUCGGCCACUGUACCUACCCUCUCAAAGACAUGGACUAUGAGGCUCAUCAGAAAGUUGUCAUGUGGCUGGAUCUGGAGAAGGAGGUCAAUGAGCAACCUGCAUCUUCGGAGACGGGCGAUAUCCACUUCUCAUUAAACUACAACAACACAAACGAGCGACUAACUGUAGUUAUUGCUGAAGGAAGAGGUUUCAAAAUGCUCGAUGCCUUUCAACAUGUCGAUAGCUAUGUCAAAGUAAGUAUGAUGAACAUUGGAAAAGUGGUCAAAGCCAAAAAGACGGAGGUCGUCAAGAAGAAUCCCUCACCAACCUUUAACGAGUCAUUUCAUUUUAAGCUUCCACCAGAUGGCCUCGACAUGUACAGUAUCUUAGUGGCCGUUAUGCAGCACGCGCCUGGGGUCAAAGGUGACAAGCAGAUCGGCAGAGUGGUCGUCGGUCCUUUCAUGUACGCUCGGGGAAAAGAAUUGGAGCAUUGGAAUGACAUGGUCAGUCAUCCCAAAGAGUCCAUUUCACAGUGGCACUCCUUGACGUGAAUAUUAGAACUUUACUUUUUACCAAACCCUUUAGGUACAGCGACGGAGCAGGCCCCGUGUAUGACCAUCUCUGUGUACGACCGACCGCGUAAGAUAGAGCAAGGAGUUCCAGGUGAAAAGAGUGAAUAUGGAUGAUAGAGAGAGGGAGGAGUGAAAGAGAGUGAGAAAAUUAAUUUUGUUAAAGAGCAAAAGGUUGUGAUUGAGAGCAGAGACGUGGAAUACAAGAGUGUAUGAAAGUGACUGACAUUUGAAGUUUCCAGUUGUUUCUGGAUACGAAUGGAUACUUUUGGGGAACAACUGGCUGUAUGCUUUUGGUGACGCAUUACUCGCUCUUCGGCCUACCCUGUGGACACAAAUUGUAGGACGCACCUCCAGAGGACCCAACGUAACGUCGGAAACGUUGAUUCCAGAACCUGAACCAGUCUCCUGCCCAAUUCUCUAUCCCAUCUUAAAUAGCAUAUGAAUGUUAACAUGUUGGAUGAUUGUGAAUAAAGUGGGAUUGAAAUGCCGUACCUUUUGAAACCAUCAACCAAGACAACACUGUGACGUGUAUCUUGACAUUAUUUACAAAAGCGUCAUACUCGUUGAGCUCCUCUACCGUACCAUGAACUUGUAAUUUCAAUGCCUGUACCAACAUGACCAAUUAUUCAGGACGAAGUCACCUAUUUCAUCGACAACGAAAGCGCCAACUGAAAGUAAUCAUAACG